UGCGUGCUUAGGCCAGCUACUUCCGGUGCGACUGGCCUAGUAGUGUCCCGGUACCGGCAGCCGCCUGACCCCGCCAAUUAUCUCGCGCCUGCUGCUACCCUUGCGGCCACGCCAUGGAGCGCCUUGAUAAAGCGGCGCUGAACGCGCUGCAGCCGCCAGAGUUCAGAAAUGAAAACACUUUAGCUUCAACCCUCAAGACACUCCUGUUCUUCACAGCUUUAAUGAUCACAGUUCCUAUCGGGUUGUAUUUUACAACUAAAUCAUAUGUAUUCGAAGGUGCCCUUGGAAUGUCCAAUAGAGACAGCUACUUUUAUGCUGCAAUUGUUGCUGUUGUUGCUGUUCAUGUGGUUCUGGCCCUGUUUGUCUAUGUGGCCUGGAAUGAAGGCUCACGGCAGUGGCGUGAAGGCAAACAGGAUUAAAGUGAACAUCACCUUUUGAUAGCAUGAAAUUUAUUUUUAAAUAUGUUAAGUACUUCUGAGAUAUUGAUAAUGAAUACAUUUUCUUUGAAUAAAGUUGAAAGAACAUGUUAAAAUCAGUCUUAAGGAGUCAGUCGCAUGUGGCUAAAUUUUGACCCACCCAAUAAUAUGAUAUGGUCACUUUGAACUUUGAAUCUCCAUUUGCAAAUGAAAAUUUGGAAAAGUUAAAUAGGUACAAAUGUAUAUGUUAAGAGAGUUAUAUUUUAUCCUAGGAAGAAUUUGAUUACCUUAUAACAACAAAAAUGUAUAACGAUUUGCCUUAUACUUGCUUUUCAGUUUUAUUUCUUUGGGUAGAUUAAGAAAUGCUUAGUGAAGCAAAUCUAAAUUUCCUUUUUCACUGCAGGACUUCCUGAAAAAUACUCGGUCCUUGGAUUUGAGAUUCUAAUUUCCUGUGGAAAGUUCCCUAAAUUGUAGGCAGUAUAGUUAAUCUGAAUGUCACUGAGGAAGGAGAACUCUCACAUUCCAUUAUUUAAUGGGGAAAGUUGCUGAAAUCACACCCAUUCAUACGAAGAAUUUAGGGUUACGGAGGCAAAGAAUUGAGCUGACUGUCAGCAUUGUGAUUAUCAUGCUAACAUUGUGCUCUCAUUUUUCUUUGAAAUUAGGCUUCAGUUGCAGAGUUUAUCAAAAUCCUAUUUAAUAUGUUGUCCUACUUUAAAAUAGAUAGUAUAUAAUAAGUAUUAGAAUGCCAAGAUGUCCAGCUUUCACACAUGGAGAGUGUAUACAGUUUUGAAAACAUCAUAUUUCUUGGAGUUUUUGUUGAUCCUUUUUUUUUUUAAAUCAGUGCUAAGUUACAUCCUGUAUUUAUACAUAAUCCUUCAAGUCUUUUUUGACGAGAACACUCUUGCCCCAGAUAAAAAGCCCUGUUACCUUGCUUUGGUACCUUCAGUAUAUGGUCAGAUAAACCACUUGGUACUGUGCAUAUGCAAUUUAAAAUGCUAUUCUCCAAAUAUUUUUUUUUUUCUUAAAAGUUCAUAAUAUAUGCUCUGUAAAACACUGGGAAAAUACAUGUCACAAUUGGCCCGUAAUGUUACUACUUGCAGACCAUCGGUAGUUUAGUUCACAACUCCUGUUUCUUAAUGCUGGUUCCAAAUACACUACAACCUUGGUUUAAGUUUAGAGCUUGCCAACUCCACCAAAGAGCUGUUUGCAGUUUUCCCUAUACCUGAUAUUGCCCACUGUCUACCUUUAGUCUUCUCAAAUUCACAUUUCAAUGUUUUUAUCAUAAAUAAAAUUUUAAGAUAACUCAAUUUAAAUAUUAUAUAACGUGGAUAUAUCAAAACAUUACAUAGUACCCCAUAAGCAUGUAUGCUUUUUGUUUUUAUAUAUGAAUUAAAUGUAAUUGUAAAUAUGAAGAGCGUUCAAAUACCUGUUACUGAUAAUCCUAAUAUAAUGAGUGGCCCCUGCUUUAAUGUUUGCCAUUGUUGAUUUGUUUGUCUGCUGUUAUUUUUAUGCUGUGACUAGACUAGAGAAAUAGAGGUGAUUAGACAUAUAGAUAAUGUGUUUGUGUUACAUUAUCGCAAAAGCAAGAUUAAUGUAAUUAUUAAAGGAUUGUUCUUAAUUCUUAAAUUUAACUGUUGUAUGUAGUUUGUAUUUAAAAGUGAGUAUUCUAAAUAUAAGGGUCUUUAUUUUGUAAAGACUGCAAUUUUUAGUAUUAUGAUAGUUGAGUCUCAGACAUUAUGUACUAGAUUUCUAGGUGGUUCCCUUAUUAGGUGGCCUGUUGGAUUUAGAAUUGUCCACUCAGUUUCUUUUUAUAUAAUGCUAAGGUUUUUUUUUCUUGUACUGUUUGUAAAAUACACUGUCGGGUUAUUUUGUUUGAUUUCAAACAUUGCUAACUAAAUAAUGGUACAGGUCUUUUAAAGUAUUUUAACCGGGGGUACAUGUAAACACAUGUAAUUUUCCCUUGGGAAUAAAGUACAAUGUGUUGGAACAUUAAAAUCAAAUAUUCACAUUGGUACUUAGAAUUAUUAUAGAAUAGAUUUAUUUUCAAAGCUGUUCAUUCUUUCCUAGGAUUUUUGACUGCUCAUUCUUGAAUUUGCUGCUGUUAGCUAUGUCAGUGAAUGUGGUAUUUGACAUUUUUACAGAUAUCUAACUAGUUUCCUCUUGCACAAAGUACAUAUUUCAUAAUGUGUUAGAAGAAAAGUUAUAGUUAAUUGUUAAGUGUUUUCCGGCAGGAAUAUGUUCACUGAUGUUCAAAACCUGAUUGUAACAGUAAUCUCAAUUAGGGAGUAUAACUUGAAGUGUCAGUGCAAGCUACUGAUUUUACCACCUUUACUGUAACGCCACCUUCCUCACCUUCUGAUUUGCCUCCAAUAAUCUUUUUCCCGCAGUACUGAAACAAUGGAAGGUCUGCUGUAGGAUGCGAUUGAUAUCAUCCACUCUUCAAAUGACUGCUGUUUCACGUGCUACAUAGCAUUCUGGUUUGUGAUGAUAGUAAAGAAUUUUAAACCUGCUAUUCAACAGAACUGGGUGUUUCAUGGGAACCUAACAGUAAUUAUAAUAACUUGAAAGUUUACAUCAGAAAACUCAUACUGAGCCAGCUGUGGAGGCAGGAGCACGCCUAUAUUUCCAGUAUUUGGGAAGCAGUUGCAGGAGGAUUAGGAAUUCAAGGCUACCCUGAAUCAACAGUAACAAAAUUCUACAAAAACAAAGGACCAAUUUCACUUUAUCAAAAGAAACAGCCAAUGGGCUUGUCUUUAUUUUCACGUAUAUCUUAUGUAUACAGGAAAGUCAUACUAGUCAGUGAAAGUAUUUAGACAAGCAAGGUGCACCUAAGGAAAGCUAAAGCUGAAGGUAUAUGAGAGAAAGGAUUGAAAUCUUGAUUUACAUGUAACUACUAUAGCUCCAGACAGUUUCAUAUUUAGUGCCUAGGUAUAGUAAAUUUGUAGACUUGUUAGGCCCAUUUGAUAAUUGGUUCAAUGAUGGUACAGUAUUUGUCACUUAGGUUAAUGGCAGGUUUCUUUACUCUCAAGUCUUCUGUCAUUCACUAGUAAAAUAUACAACCAUUCAGAUUCUACUAGCUGUUAAAUUUAUUUUCACCAGGGUUGUGCUAGAGUGCACUUUAAUAACUUGACAGAACUUUUUUUUCAGGGGGAUGAAGUUACCUUAAAAAAUGAAUUACUCUCAGAGAUGUUGGGAACCUCCCCAUCAAAACCCUGUAAAUAGCAUAACCCUUUAUUCCGUAUGAAAGUCUGGAAUCUUUCCAUAUCGCUGCCGGCCACACUUAUAUCUGUGUUAAUUGCUAUGUGUGCUUGAAGUAUGUGUUCUUUUUAAGAUGUUCUGUAAGUCAUAUUGUCAGUUAUACAAUCUAGUCUUCCUUCCACGUUUGGUGAAGUCUCACUGAACAGGAAUAAUAGCAAUAGCUAACAACAUCUGCACAGCACCUUACAGUUUGCAAAGAACGUUCACAUAUUCUUGUCUGAGUUUUGCAUAGUGAACAUGUUACAGAGAUGUCUCUUGAUGUCAAUGUUGAGUGUUAGAAUUUUCAGUUACCAGUGUCACUGGCCAUGCUAUGGCCACUGACU